AUGAGUGGGAAGAAGAUCACCGAAUGGUUCGAUCGGCCUAAGUUCGCGAUUGUCAACCAGAACAGUACUCCCGAAAAGAAGCCGCCUCGUGUGACACCAUUUACAUCACCCUCAUCUUCCGCUCUCACCGAGCCCACAUCGUCCUUCCUUGUCGACCUUACCUCCGAUAACGACGCCAACGACAAUGCGGUUCAAGAAUCUAUUCGCAACUCUGAGCCACCGAAGGAUUUUUCAACCGCGGGAGGUGUCGUGCCGCCACCUAAGCCCGAACCCGAGAUUGCUUCCGUAUCAUCAACCUUUGUGAGCGAUGGAAUAUCGUCUUCUCAGCGCAUUCUCAAAGAUGGCAAGGAGGUCGUUAUCAGCUCCGACGGUGAGGAAUCAGAUGAUUCCAGUAGCUCGUUUGAAGACCCUGCCCUCUUCUUCGACUUCAAAUCAAAACCAGCCGGGAAAAGCGCCUCCAAGACUUCCAUGACAAAGCUACCGGUCAAAAAAUACAAGAAUACAAUGGAUUCUUUAGUGAUUGGCGCCGUGGAUGACAUUGAGGAACAGGGCAAGGUCGCCAAAUCUAGAGCGGCGUUGACAUCGCCACAACAGGGCGAAAAAGUCCCUAGAUCAAAAGAGUCGAUCUUGGCGUCUGUCCUAGGUGGAGAUGACGAGGGACCUAGUGUCGAGCGUAUACUGAAUGCUGUUCGAAGAACCGAGGCUUUGGAUGUCACAAAGACGUGGAGGUUCCUGGAUCAUGCUCAGACUCCUGGGCAAACAAACGAGUUUCCAACAAACUCAUUCCCACCUCAUUCUCAUCUAGCUGCUCUACGAGAUUUCGAAUCGCGAUCUCGGAUGCUCCAGUCCGGAGUCUUGGAGUUUGCGGCAAAACUCCAACGUCUCCCAGACGAGUUCCUGUUGUGGCUCUUCUGCUCUGUGUCUCUUGAAAGGAGAGAAGACUUGAGAAGUGCCUAUUGUAGAAUAUUUUCGCAUACCUCUAGAGAGCGGGUAAUGACUUUGAUCCGACCUCACCAUAUUGACGAACUCUUCCAGAAUUUAGGAGCUAAGCCAGAGGCUUUGGAUCCCUCCCACGUCAUUGUUGAAAACUCAGAGCAUUCGUCGCAUCCCCCUUCCCCGAGACAUAAAGAGCUUUUCCUAUCUGCGUUCGCCAUGCUGCGAGAAUCCGCUGAGCUUCUUGCUCCUGAUGCACGUGCACACGCUAUUCACGUUCUCUUACGAAUUACAGUGGAUGGCUCAUUGAUCACGAAUGACAUGAUCCAAUCUGGGCUGCAAACCUGUCUAACUGCUUUGUUAGAUAACGUUGCAGCUGCCGAUGUGACUGAGAUGAACCUUCUGAUUGGAAAACCUAUAUUUGAGACCGUGCCACAUGCUGAGUUCCUGUCCUGCAUGCUUGAGAACAUGUUACCGACUAUGCCCUGGAUCUCAUUGUUGCGAUACCGCCUCGUAGUAGCAUUCCUACUCCGGAACCCUGAGCCACUCACUGAAUCACCUGAAGUUGUGGUUGACCUGAAACGUCUGACGCACUUUUUGGCCCGUGACGAGCGUUUCCAUGCUAAGUCACACCAAGCCAACGAAACCUAUGAUUACGGUGAACUACUGGCCAUCGCUAUGCUCCUCGAAGUGGCCGUUACCUCGGCACCCUACGAUAUGAUAUGCGACCAAAAAGAUGCUGAAGAGCGAUUCAAUGGGGCUGUUGAUAAGUUUGCUAGCCAGGUCAAGCUCAUCUUCAGCUCCAUCAAGGACACCGGUGCUUCCCAUCUGAAACGCAUGGUGGCCAAGGAGGCCCUCGAGUCUCUUCAUUACCGUGCUCUCUAUUCUGUCAGAACCAAGCCCGCACCAAGAAAAUCAUACUUUGGAAAUCCGGGGAGGCAAAGGAACCACGAUAUUAAGGGGAUGUUUCAAAAAAUGAGGGAUCUCCCAUUUCACUACAGUCCUACCAAAGACCGAACCGCAAGCUUCCCUUUAUGA